CCCCAGUCCUCGAGGCGCUUGAAGUUCUAACUCACGCGUAUGACAGAGGAUUAUGGAGCUCAUAUCGGCUCAAUGCUGGCGAAGAGAAUGGGGAAUUGAUCAAGGAUAACCUAGAUGAGAAAAACAAACUCAUGCAUGAACUCCAAUCGAGUCUCUUACCUUCAAUCAAGCAUCACCUGGAGACACUUGACCCACCACAUGAUUUUAACGAUUAUCCAAGCCUGGAAAUCAAAACGACCUUGGAGACUUUAUCAAAUCUUGACCAGACUAUGCAGAAAACCUUACAUUACCUCAACUCCUCCCCUCUCAAAGUGUUUGAACCGAGUAACGCCUACGACCACCACUUUAAACAAUGUAAAACUUUCAGAUGUCAUGCUCUGUUGGAACCCAUCAAUCUUCUAGAAAUAAAUCUACGAUCGCUAUUUUUGGCCUACAUUAAAUUGAUCGAAUCCCGGAAUCUUCCCAUUAAGCACCCAGAGGACCCUAGGUAUCGAGCUCCAACACCAAGAGAGGAAACAGUCAAGUGCCUCAAGAGCAUUGACCAGGCAAUUAGAUGGUCCCAAGCAUCCGACUUUGCUUUGCUCCAAUUGAAAUGGCGAGGCGUAGCUGAAUCAUUCACUAACUCAAUGACACGUCUCGCAAGGCUAAUCGACCUAAUCAGCCGUCACGCAAGAAGAAACACCAUUCUCAGGAAACAUAUUGUUGAGCAGGCUAGAUUAAUUGUACCUGUGAUCAAGUUGCUCAGAACCUUAUACAACAAAAUAUCAAACACCACUAAGAAAAAACAGCCAUUUACGUUGGAUCCAGAAGUUAACUCCGACACACUGUACACGCUAGAACUAGACUCUAGUAUAAUUUUCCACGCGUGCAACGUCCAUGUCAAAAACUUGGAGAUAAGACAUAUGUAUGGUUCAAUGGUUGAUACGAGUGAGGCGCUGCGCAAGCGGAAUAAAAGUCUGUCAAGAACUGUCGAGUCUACCUUAUUUCUUCUAGCUUUGUACAUCAUCCCUUUAUCCCCAAAGGUCGAUCACUCUGGAAUUCCCUUGAAAGUGACUUCAAGGCCUGGCUUUCCAAGUGGCAAGUUUUAUGGCGGGCCGCGAAGGAGCGUGCUCUGGAUGCUAUGUAUGUCCAUGAAGAGGAGAAUUGAUAACCAAAGGAAGAAUGCACUGAACGUUUACUUUUUCCGGGUAGUCUUUCAGUUGCCGCUCACUGCCCUUGAAAUGGCAGUGAUUGUUGCAUAG